AUGUCCACUGCAUUUUCGCUGGCCCCUACGCCCACUGGCGUUGGCCUCGGCUACGGAAUCGCCAUUGCCGUGAGUAUUCUGGUCCUAAUCUCUACCAUUAUGCUUACUUCUUACAUAUGUAUUCGGGUUAAAGCUAAUGCUAGUAGCCGUGCCAGCGUCACCGAGGAUGAUACAAUUAGUGGAUCUAGCUCUCGCAUCCACAACUCUGUCGAGCCAGUUGUUCUGGUUUUGGGCCUCGACGGGUUUGUUGUCGAGUCGUAUCCUAAGAUUGUUCUGGGGGAGAGUUUGAGACUGCCUAGGCCCAACAACGGCCCAUGUUCUAUCUGUUUGUCUGAGUAUCUUCCUAAAGAUUUGGUACGGUGCAUUCCAGAUUGUCAUCACUAUUUCCAUGCUGAUUGUGUUGAUGAAUGGCUGAAGAUGAAUGCCACUUGUCCUCUGUGUAGAAGUUCACCGGCCCUUUCUAAGGGUCCCACACCUCUGGCUACUCCUUUGUCUGAGUUGGUGCCCCUGGCGUUCCAUGCCAGGUGA